AUGGGUGCAGUACAGCCUGCAGCUGAUCGAGCUGCCCAAAAUGCCGUGUCACUGUUCGAGAGUGUUGAAGAGAAGUUCCCGUCAGAGACCGUUGGCGACAACAAGUGGACAAAGCUGAUGAGGGGAGAAAAGCUGGCGACCCUCGUCGGAGGAGGAAUGCCCGAGAUGGCAGCCGAUCUAUACAGUUACUUAAUUCGGAAACCUGAAUUGUCGACACCAGAAUCAAGACAAGCUCUGAUGAGAAGGCUCCGCGAGGCUUUGGUCAAAUGUGUCCCGAUUGUUGGCGUAUGUAAGCCACUGGAGGCCGUCUUCAGCAUCGACAAGAUCCAACGUCCAGAGGACAAGGAUUACUCGUUCUCGCGACAAGGCUGGCAAUGUGAUGAACGCAACCACGCGCGUGGUGCUGCAUGGCAGGACCGGAUAUACCUGCACAACCAGGCGAACAUAGACGAGCUGCUCGCUGCCCAGAAGGAUUUCGCCUGGAUCAGCACCGAGAUCACCUACGGGCUCUAUCUGUCCGACCACACCAUUCUAAAUGACGUGGAUACAGAAUUGGUGGUUCUGUCUGGAAUCAUGAUCCAGAAUCUGCGAAGCGAGACACACUGGCAUCUUCGCGGCAUCCGGCGGAUAGGAGUUAGCCAGGAAGAUGUAGAGGUGAUACAUCAAUGUAUCGAGAUAUUAGCAGGCUUCGCCAAUGUGAAGUUGGACAAGGUACCGAGAGUGGCAGAUAUAGAACAUGAGGUCUAG